UGGAGACAGGAACUGGGAGGAGUGGGGCUGGGGCAGCAGCCGCCCGCCCUGAUUCCCCCGCUCCUGCCCCCUCUCUAGUUUCUUGGGUACGGGGUGGGGGGGAGUCGCUGCAGCCGAGCGCAUCUCGCCCAGCCGACAUGCCCGCCGUCGACAAGCUCCUGCUGGAAGAGGCUUUGCAAGACAGCCCGCAGACUCGCUCCUUGCUUAGCGUAUUUGAAGAAGAUGCCGGAACCCUUACAGAAUAUACAAACCAGUUGCUUCAAGCAAUGCAGCGGGUCUAUGGGGCCCAGAAUGAGAUGUGUCUAGCCACGCAACAGCUUUCCAAGCAGCUUCUUGCAUAUGAAAAGCAGAAUUUUGCUCUGGGUAAAGGAGAUGAAGAAGUGAUAUCCAGCCUUCAUUAUUUCUCAAAAGUAGUGGAUGAGCUUAACAUUCUUCAUACUGAGCUGGCAAAACAGCUCGCAGACACAAUGGUUCUCCCAAUAAUACAGUUUCGAGAAAAAGAUCUUACAGAAGUAAGCACAUUGAAGGAUCUUUUUGGUCUUGCUAGCAAUGAACAUGAUGUCUCAAUGGCAAAGUAUAGCAGGUUACCAAAAAGAAAAGAAAAUGAAAAGGUUAAGGCAGAAGUAGCAAAAGAGGUGGCAAAUGCAAGGAGGAAGCAGCAUCUAUCUUCAUUACAAUAUUACUGCGCUCUGAAUGCUCUUCAGUACAGGAAGAGAAUUGCAAUGGUAGAACCUAUGUUAGGAUACACACAAGGACAGAUUAACUUUUUUAAGAAGGGAGCAGAGAUGUUUUCCAAAAGAAUGGACAGCUUUUUAUCAUCAGUUUCAAACAUGGUUCAAAGCAUACAGAGAGACUUGGAUGCUGAAGCUGAAGCCAUGAGGGUGUCCCAGCAGGACUUGCUUUCUGUUAGUGAGUCUGUUUAUACUCCAGAUUCUGAUGUAACUUCACCAGCUAUCAACAGAAACCUCAUCCAGAAAGCUGGCUACCUUAAUCUUAGAAAUAAAACAGGCCUGGUGACUACAACCUGGGACAGACUGUAUUUCUUCACCCAAGGUGGUAACCUGAUGUGCCAGCCCAGGGGAGCAGUAGCUGGAGGACUGAUUCAGGACUUGGAUAACUGCUCCGUAAUGGCAGUAGACUGCGAGGACAGACGAUAUUGCUUUCAGAUCACUACUCCCACAGGAAAAUCGGGUAUCACCCUUCAAGCAGAAAGCAAGAAAGAAUAUGAGGAGUGGAUCUCUGCAAUCAACAACAUCUCCAGGCAGAUCUAUCUCUCAGACAAUCCAGAGGCUGUUGCAAUCAAGUUAAAUCAGACAGCGCUGCAGGCAGUGACCCCCAUCACCAGCUUUGGGAAAAAACAGGAAAUGCAGUGUUCCAGACAAAAUGUGAAGAAUAUCGAAAAUGAUAAGAUCAUUCCCAAUGAACCAAGUAACAUGCAAGAUUGCACACAGUUAAUUGCUCCUGGAACACCCAUCCAAUUUGACAUCGUCCUUCCUGCAACUGAAUUCCUGGACCAAAACAGAGGUGGCAAGCGCACAAACCCGUUUGGAGAAUCUGAAGAUGGCAAGAAAGAUGAGGAGGAAGAUUCACCGUUGAAACAGAUGUUUGUAGUUCGGUUUUUAGGGUCUAUGGCUGUUAAAUCAGACAGCACAAAUGAGGUGAUUUAUGAAGCUACGAGACAAGUGUUGGCUGCUCGUGCCAUUCAUAACAUCUUCCGUACAACUGAAUCCCACCUCAUGGUCACAAGCAAGAAUCUAAGGUUAAUAGAUCCUCAAACUCAGGUGACACGAACCAGCUUUGAACUUGCCAGCGUGACACAGUUUGCUGCUCACCAGGAGAACAAGAGACUGAUUGGUUUUGUGGUCCGCAUUGCAGAAGCCCUGGGGGAAGAAUCCAUGAGUGCAUAUAUUUUUGAAAGCAACACAGAAGGUGAAAAGAUCUGUUAUGCAAUAAGCUUGGGAAAGGAAAUCAUUGAGGCUCAAAAGGAUCCAGAAGCAUUAGCUCAGUUAAUGAGGUCCAUGCCACUAACAAAUGAUGGAAAAUUCAUGCUAUUGAAUGACCAAGCAGAAGAAGAUGGAACUGUAUGUGAAGAGAGGGGGGAGGAGUCAGAAGCAUAAACCCUUCACUCCUCAUAUGCUGGCUAAAAAGUGCAGGGGGCAGCAGAAGGAGUUGGGUUGGGUUUUUUUGCAAGAACCUCUUCUUUUACAAUGUUUGUACAUGUGUGGCUGUUUCUCCAGCCCAGGAGAGAGUGUAUGGUGUUAUUUCAGCGGAGAGAGAGAGAGAGAGAGAGAGAGAGAAUGUGUCAGUAUUAGCUCCCUGAUGCUGGAGGUUAGGUGGGAAAUCCUGACUAUCAGUAGCCAAGGGUUAAUGUCACAUUACUUCAGAUUUUUGGUCAAAUGUUGAGGUACUGAGAAUCCUGUCUUUACAGAUUUUAGUAGCAGUUGUGAACACAGCCUUUGGGGGAGGGGAUGGUGAAAAAUGUCAGGUUUCUUAGAAGUGUCCUGUCUUGAUCAUCAGUAAUUUCCAUAGUUUGCAUGAUGUGCAUCUGAACUGAAGGUUAAAGAAAUGCACUAUUACUAUAUUUUCAAAUGAAGUUAUUUUUUAGUUUCUAGUGUACUUAAGUGUAACAAGAAUGAUCUUUUCUGCUAGUCUAUUUACAAAACAAAUUUCAUAAACACUAAAUUUUUCCUAUUAAUAUAAUCUAUUUUUGUAUUGCACCUAGAGCAAGCUUACAAAAAUCUAAGUGCCUAUUCACCUUUGUGGGGACCCAUCUUAUACAUACUGUAAUUAAGUAAUGAAUAUAAUGGUACUCGUGGAUUUAUUAGUUUAAGUAUCAUAAAUAUACAAAACAUCAUCCAGAUAGAUAUAGUAACAGAAUUUACUUGUUUGUUUGUGGUUUUUUUGUGUGUCUGUGUGUCUUUCUAAAGAAGUCACCAAAAUUAACGGUCAUAUAGAGUCAUGUAAGUUUGUAUGCUUAACUUUAUUAGAGCAUUUUAAGUCCGACAGAUUACAGUCAUCUUUAAUUAAAAAAAACCCGCAGUAAUAAAAUGCUAGAUUGCAAA